CGGGGCGUGGCCGGGGGCGUGUCCAAGGCCGUGGCGCCCCGGGAAGGCGGAAGCGGGUCCCGGCCCCGUGUGCCGGGUCCGGAGGGGCCAUGGCCGGGGCCGGCUGGGCCCCGCCGCGCCUGGACGAGUUCAUCCUUACCGAGCGCCUUGGCUCCGGCACCUACGCCACCGUCUAUAAGGCCUUCAGGAAGAGGGACGUGCGUGAAGUGGUAGCCAUCAAGUGUGUGAGCAGGAGGAGUCUGAACCGAGCGUCCGUGGAGAACCUGCUGACAGAGAUCGAGAUCCUCAAGAACAUCCGCCACCCGCACAUCGUGGAGCUCAAGGACUUCCAGUGGGACAGCGACCACAUCUAUCUGAUCAUGGAGUUCUGCGCUGGGGGCGACCUCUCCCGCUUCAUCCGGAUGCGCAGGAUCCUCCCUGAGAAGGUGGCACGCAUCUUCCUGCAGCAGCUCGCCUGCGCCCUGAAGUUCCUCCACGACCGCAACAUCUCCCACCUGGACCUCAAGCCGCAGAACAUCCUCCUGAGCGCGCCGGAGAACCCCCAGCUGAAGCUGGCAGAUUUUGGCUUUGCACAGUACAUGUCGCCAUGGGAUGAGCAGCACGUCCUGCGGGGCCCCCCCCUCUACAUGGCCCCUGAGAUGGUGUGUCGCCAGCAGUACGAUGCCCGCGCGGACCUGUGGUCGGUGGGCGUCAUCCUUUACGAAGCACUUUUUGGGGAGCCACCCUUUGCUUCUCACUCCUUUGCCGAGCUGGAGGAGAAGAUUCGCAGUGACUGGGUUGUGAAGCUUCCCAGCCGACCCCAGCUCUCCCCAGAAUGCCGGGAUCUCUUGGGACAACUCUUGGAGAGGGACCCUCUGAAGCGCAUCUCCUUCGAGCGCUUCUUUGCCCACCCCUUUGUGGACAUGGAGCACGUCCCAGGCCCUGAGAGCCUGGGCAAGGCGACUGACCUGGUGGUGGAGGCAGUGAGGAAGGAUCAAGAGAAGGAUGCCAACGCCGCCCUCUCCCUCUACUGCAAAGCCCUGGAGUAUUUCGUGCCAGCACUGCACUAUGAAAGCGAUGCACGGCGAAGAGAAGCCAUCCGGGCCAAGAUGGGGCAGUACAUCUCCCGAGCAGAGGAGCUGAAGGCUUUGGUCAACUCCAGCAACAAGAACCUACUGGAGAAAGGGAACCCAGCUAGAGAGCUCCUUAAAGAGAUGGCCAAGGACAAGCCUCGGCUCUGUGCAGCGCUGGAAGUGGCUUCAGCUGCCAUGGCCAAGGAGGACGAAGGCGGGGAUGAUGGUGACGCCCUGGAGCUGUACCAGCAGAGUCUGGGGGAGCUGCUGCUCCUCCUGGCUGCGGAACCAGCAGGGCGGCGACGGGAGCUGCUCCAUGCGGAGAUCCAGAUGCUGAUGGCCCGAGCUGAGUACCUGAAGGAUCAGAUCAAGAUGCGGCAGGCACAGUCCGUGGGCAAGGAGGCGCUGGCAGAGCCCAUCCGGAGCGCCUGUACCUUGCAGUGAUUCCCAGGAGCCAGCCAGUGGAUGCUGCUCACUGCCCUGUGCAGAGAUGCCGUCGGAAAGACAGACGAGGCUUCCGUCCCCGCCGCAUCAGGGUAACGCCUCAGAAGUCACCCUCGGGCUCCCAUCCCUGGGGGGUCCACAGGGCCAUCUGCCUCCUCUCCCAGGCACUGGGCUCGUUUCCCUCCUAGCCCUGCCUCGACCGUCUGCUGCUGCAGCCUCCCCUUCCACGGCGGGCGGGUUAUUCCACUCUAAUUCCUUCCGCUGGCUGCCACGGGAUGGGUAUUUUUAUCCUGGCACCGGGCUCCAGCAGAAUAUCCACCCUGAUUUUUUGGCUGGGUGUUUCUUCCACCUCCCAAAUUCUGGGGGAGCAUCUGCACAGCCCAGGUCCACAGAUCCCAGCCAGGAGCUCAGGGUGGUCAGGGGUGCUCUGCUGUGCCUUCCUCACCCAGCAUUCUACCUCUGUACCCACCACGGCUCAUCCAGCCUCCAGCACCCCCUUGCACUGUCCCAGCCCAACCAUCCCUCCCUCUCACUGCUGGAGUGUUGGGAAUGAGGCUUUUUGUUUCCAGACCUGGAGUCUGGCAGGUACUGACUGCAUCAUCAUUGUCAUGGGUGUGAGCAGUGUUCAGCAGGGACCGACUGAGUCUGACAUGAGCAGGAAUCAACCACCUUCAGGGGCAGACAUCCUCGGCAUCCUGCAUGCUCUGCUCCACUCCUCAGGGCUCUGACAACCCCAAGAUCCAAACCAUAUUUCCGGCAAUCACUUGUCAGGGGUGCUGAGGUCCGCCUGUCCUGCAAAACGAGGGACUCAUCUCAAAAUCUGUAUCUCAAGGGAAUGUAAUUUAUUGUCUUUAAUAAAUGCUAAUUUUGGUUUCUCCAC